AUGGAAUCCAUAAGAGCCGUAUUCUUCAAACCCGAUCCUCAAGUUCAAGUCCGCAAAUGUAACAAUCUCAUCCGCCAAAACACCCGCAAACUUGACCGAGACAUCGCCGCCCUCAAAGCCGUAGAAAACAAAACCCGCAACCUAAUCAUCGCCGCCAACAAACGCGCCCAACGCAAUCCCUCUCAAGCCAAACAAGCCGCUCAAGAAACUCGCAUCUUCGCGCGCGAAUUAAUUCGCGCCCGAAAUACCUCCCGCAGACUCGUCACGUCGAAAGCCCAAUUGCAGAGUGUGAAUAUGCAAGUUAAUGAAGCGUUUGCGGUGAGGAAAAUAGAGGGCAGUAUCAAGGCGAGUGUGGGUAUUAUGAAGGAUGUGAACAGUUUGGUGCGAUUACCGGAGUUGAUGGGGACCAUGAGGGAACUGAGUCAGGAAUUGGUAAAGGCGGGGAUUAUUGAGGAGAUGGUUGGGGAUAUGAUGCCUGAUCAGUUGGAAGAGGAGGAUGAAGAGGCGGAGGAAGAGGUUGAUAAGGUACUUGGGGAGAUAUUGCAGGAUAGAAUGUCUAAGGUGGGAGCAACGCCAAAUUUGCCGGCAGCGCCUGUACAAGAGGAAGUUGCUGCGGAAGAGGAAGACGAGGAUGCCGAGGCUAUGUUGAAUCAAAUGAGAGGAAGGUUACAAGCUUUGAAGAGUUAG